UUCCCCCAUCGCUUCAACGGGCGAGGUUUUUUGAAAGCGUCCUCUCUCUCCUCUCCAUCAACAACUGCCCCCGACACCCAACGGCAGCCGUAGCGCGAGCGAGGAGAGGGGGGAUAAAAAGCUCUGCUCUUUAACGCCCGCCCCUAGGGUUUCGAGCCACCGCGCGCCCUCGCUCCCUCCCUCCCUUCCCUUCGCGCCAUCUCCCGCCCUCCCCCCGAUCGGCUCGCCCCCUCCCGGAUUCGAUCCCCCGCCCCGCUCGAUCUGGUUCUCCUGGUGAUGAGGGGGCGGUAGAUGGGGGCCAUGGCGGAGGAGGCGGAGCACGAGGGCUGCGUGGAGAACCGGCAGCCCCUCGCGGCGUCGAGCGAGUCGGUGUCCGAGGGCAGCAGCUAUGGCGGCGCCGGUGCGCCCGCGCGGAUGUCGCCGCCCGUGUCCGGCUCGGUGAAUUCCGUCUCCGGUCUCAGGCGAACAAGUGGGCCUAUAAGGAGAGCGAAGGGUGGCUGGACAUCACAAGAGGAUGAAACAUUGCGGAAGGCAGUUGAGACUUUCAAUGGUAGAAGCUGGAAGAAAAUAGCUGAAUUCUUUCCGGAUAGGACAGAGGUACAAUGUUUACAUCGAUGGCAGAAGGUUCUUAACCCUGAACUCAUCAAAGGUCCUUGGACUCAAGAGGAAGAUGAUAAAAUUAUUGAUCUUGUAAAGAAGUAUGGACCAACAAAAUGGUCCGUCAUUGCAAGGUCACUACCUGGACGUAUAGGCAAGCAAUGUCGAGAGAGGUGGCAUAAUCAUCUGAAUCCAGACAUACGGAAAGAUGCUUGGACUGCUGAGGAGGAACAGGCACUGAUUAAUGCCCAUCGGGAAUAUGGGAAUAAAUGGGCAGAAAUAGCAAAAGUUCUUCCUGGAAGGACUGAUAAUUCUAUAAAGAAUCAUUGGAAUAGUUCUUUGAGAAAGAAGUUAGAUGUCUAUGGCACCAGAAAUAUUUUGGCAAUUCCAAGACUAGUUGGUCAUGAUGACUUCAAGGAUAAACAGAAGUCGUUGGCUUCUGAGGGCCAUCUUGAUCUGAACACAGUGCCCGGCAUCACUUCAAAAAACCUGCCUGAAAUAGCUCAUCAUUCUAAUUUUAGCUCACAUCUACAGUCAUACAAACUGGAUCAUGCCAAGGACCGCUCAGGGUUCCUAUCCAUUUCUUUUUUACCAACUGUGCAGCCACUAACUUCUUAUGAAGUGUCAUCGGUGGUUAAUGGCUCUGCUGUUACUUCAGCGGCACAAGGUCUGGAAAGUGAUUCUGUUCGUGACAAGGGUUUGGAAAUUAUUUCUGUUCAUGAGAAGGGACUCAAGGUUGAUUCCACACUUGAUACCCUGGGGGAACCUGAUAGCACUCAGCUAGAAGCUGUACCAGCUAAAGGUGAAGAAUCAUCUUUGAAGAAUGAUGCACAGUCUAGCCUUGGUCCUCUUUGUUACCAGAUUCCUAACAUGAAUGAUGUAGCCCCUGCCAGUUCCUCACUCAUUUCUGAACAUCAAACCGUGCACCAGACAUCUGAGCAUUGCAGGAAUGGAGCACUAUCCCCCAAUGGUUGCACGACGCCAACGAAGGGAACAAUGUCAGUCCAGUUAAGUGUUGAUUCAAUAUUGAAGAUUGCUGCUGACAGCUUCCCAGUCACCCCUUCAAUAUUAAGAAGAAGAAAACGAGAAAGACCGACACCUGCUAGUGAUUUGAAGUUUAGUGAACCGAACACUGAUAGCUUUUACACCCCUGCUGGGAAGCGCCCUGCUACAGACACCCCAGAGUCAUUUAGAACUGCAUCCUUUCUGUCACUGGGUUCUCUUGAUGGGCUAUCGAGUUCUGCAAGGGGCUUUGAUGUUUCACCUCCAUACCGGAUAAGGGCAAAGAGAAUGUGUCUCACAAAAUCUGUUGAGAAACAACUAGAUUUUUCAUCAAAUGGAUUGGGCACUUGUGGUUCUGAGGUCCUAAACUCACCUCACCAGAAUUCUCAAAGCACACAUAGUUUGAGUGAAGCCUCAAUAAUGAAGGAAAAGGAACUUAACGGGCAUGUUACCCAGCUGGAAACUUCAACCAAGAACAUAACGUAUACGACAAACAUGGAUGUAACCUAAUCCUACAUUGUGCAGGAGCUGAUGCCAAUCUGAUGAAGUAUGACAGUAGAGCAGAAAGACCUUGAGAGCUCGCCGAUGCGAUCGGCUCUGGUGUAUGUAGAAUCAAACCAAAACGCAUAUCAAAGACAGCUCUUGGAGGAAAACGACUUGCGCAAUUGGAUCGAAGGACUGAACAGAGAAGGGCCAAUGCAUGCCCACCCUGCCAUCUCUCUUAACAAUGGGUGUACAAACACGGUCUUUAAAUUUGAUUUGAUGGUGGCUCUAUAGAAGAUUUUACUUUGCUCGUUGCAGCUUGUAUACUUAACAGAUAGGAGUUCAGCUAUAGAAGAAGCCCAACUGUAGAAAGAUUUAAACCAUAGAGCUAGUAACUCAUAGCUGAAUAAGUGUCUCAUUGGAAGGGGUGUCUAGUUUGUUCUUCUCUUUGUAAUAGUAAUAAUAAUAAUAGGGGUUGUUUUACUGUCUUCAAUCUGGCAAUUGUUUGUCGAGAAACUGUUUGCUUGAUUUAAGGCGUCCCAUGCUUUUCUCUG